UGCUGUCAUUGGUAUUGGUCAGGAAAACAAGGUAGUGUUUUUUCUGUGGUAGGUUGGCAUUAUGUCAUCAGAAAUUCAUAAAAUUGUUCUUGGAACACUCGUUAGGUUCACUGCGAACAGAAAACCAGCAGACAUGACUACAUCUACAGGCGAGCUCCAGAAGACGUACGAGCAGCAGGGCUUCCUCUCAGGCCUGCCCGUGUUGACUGACGGCGAGCUGAGGAAAGCCACGCUUGCUUUUACCCAACUGGAGAAAGAAUUCGGUGAAGAAUACGCCCAGUACAGCCUGCACAAUGUUCACUUUCAGUAUCCUUGGGUCAUGGGACUGACCAAACACCCUCGCAUCUUGCAAACACUGCAAGCCAUCUUAGGCCCUGACAUUAUCCUUCUCGACUCGCGUUUCAUCUGCAAAUACCCAACAACACCUGCAACUGGUACUCGGCUUCCAUAUGUGGCUUGGCAUCAGGAUAUGAGGUAUUGGGGUAUUGCCGGUGGGCCUGUUGCAUCUGUGUGGCUGGCUCUAGAUGACUCGCUGAAAGAGAACGGCGCCCUUCAGGUUCUUCCAGGUAGCCAUUGUUCUGGCAUGUACCCCCAUAGACAAGCCAUCCGGCCGGGAAACAUGCUGACGGUCAACCAGGAGAUCCCAGAGGAGCUUCUCCAAAUUGACCGAGCAGUGCUUUGUCCUCUUUUGGCUGGACAGAUGUCUAUCCACGACGGCCUUCUCGUUCAUGCCAGCGAUGCCAACACAUCCCAGAAGAGGCGUUGUGGCUUUGUGAUUCGAUAUGUUCCCACCUGUGCAUAUCCAACGGAGGAUACUGAGCGUCCUCGGAAAUUCCACGCGACAAUGUUGGUUUGUGGAACGGACCAAUUCAAACACUUCUCAAGACAGUAAAAUUGUAUGACUUGAUAUCAACUUUGGGACUUCAUGAUAUAGAGAUACAGAGCGUCCUCGGAAAUUCCACGCGACAAUGUUGGUUUGUGCAACAGACACACUUCUCAAGACAGUAAAAUUGUAUGACUUGACAUCAACUUUGGGACUUCAUGAUAUAGAGUGAGCAGAGAUGUAAACAUUCUAUUGUA